GCGGUGUGCGGCCUUCUCUUCCGCGGAGUGCACCUGGGGCUGACCCCGCGGCCCGCGUGGGGACGCGCCUAGGAGUGGGCCCAGCAGGUGCUUCCUGCGGGGCUGGAGGCUCUGAGGAUGAUGUCUCUCUUCCGGAAGCCCAAGACGUUCAAGUUGCGAGCCCUGCACAGCCAGCAGAAGUUUGGGGUAGCGGGGAAGAGCUGCCAGGAGGUGCUGCGGAAGGGGUGUCUCCACUUCCAGCUGCCUGUGCCCGGCUCCCGCCUCUGUCUCUACGAAGAUGGCACGGAAGUGACGGGAGGUUACUUCUGGAGCAUCCCCGACAACUCGGAGCUGGUGCUGCUCACCGAGGGCCAGACCUGGGAGGGCUAUGUGAGUGACAUCAGUCGCUUCCUCAACGUGUUCCACAAGCCGCAUGUGGGGGUCAUCCAGGCUGCCCGGCAGCUGCUGUCGGAUGAACAGGCCCCGCUGCGGCAGAAGCUGCUGGCCGACCUCCUGGGCACUGUCAGCGAGAACAUCGUGGCCGAGACCCGGGCCGAGGACCCGCCCUGGUUCGAAGGUUUGGAGCCCCGGUUUAGGAGCAAGUCCAGCUACCUGAGGUUCAGCUGCGAGAGCAGGAUCCGAGGCUACCUGAGAGAGGUGAACGCGCACACGCCCGCGGUGGGCGCGCAGGCUCGGGAGGAGUUUGCGCGGGUGGUGGACGCCAUGGGCCAGAAGCUCCGGGCUGAGCGGUACAACGGCUGCUACUUCGACAGGGGCGCCAAGGCCGGCAGCCGGCUCUGCACGCCCGAAGGCUGGUUCUCCUGCCAGGGUCCUUUCGACAUGGCCAGCUGCGUGUCCAGGCACUCCAUCAACCCCUACAGCAACAGGGAGAGCCGGGUCCUCUUCAGCACCUGGAACCUGGACCACGUAAUAGAGAAGAAGCGCACCGUCAUCCCCACGCUGGCGGGGGCGCUCGAGGACCAGGACGGCAGGCAGCUGGACUGGGAGUACUUCUACAGCCUGCUCUUCACCUCCGAGAACCUGAAGUUGGUGCACGUCGCCUGCCACAAGAAAACCACCCACAGACUCAGCUGCGACCCGAGCAGGAUCUACAGGCCGCAGACGAAGCCCAGGAGGAAGCGGGCCGCUCGCAAGUGCCCGUGACUCGGGCUCGCGCCCUCCACAUCGCCCUGGGCCUGGGGACAGGUUGGGGGGGCACAGGGAGGAUUUUAACGGGUGCUGGGUUUUUUUGCCACUGCAGUGGCUUCUGGAAAGAGCUUCUACAAAACCUCCCUACAGACUCCAGACCCCAGGGCAGGUCUGAAUCUGCGCCUGAGACCCCACAGUGGAGAGCAAGUUUGGUGCCCCGGCAGGACGUCAGGGGCGCUGGUGCCCGGGCGGUGGGGACCAGGGACCCGUGCUCUCGGGUCCUACCCGCUUGGGGCGCCCGUGUGGCCCCGCCUCCAGGCCCAGGCUGAGGGACGAUGCUCUCCUGGCAGCUGGGCUGAGUCUCCCUGCCCUGACGGCAGGAAGCUCCACCCCAGACCCUUUCAGGGAGAGAAGGUCCCGCUCCGCGAAGAACACACAGGUGUUCACUCCGUGCUGACGCCUGUGGGCAGGGAAUGGCCGCUGUGGCGUUACAUCCCACCCCCUGGAAUCCAACGGCCACGAAGGUCGGGCAGCGCUAACUUCACGAAUCCCCUAACACGAGUGCGGGAUGCGAAGCGGUGCAGAGGUUCUCGGUGCCUAUGAGCGGAAACAAGGCGGGGGGGGGGGGGCUGCCUGUCCAACUCACAGGCCAGCUCCGCAGAGUGCGACCCGCCGCUUACGAAAGGCCUCCGCGUGCCGCACACGUGUUGGCGUGUGCAGACAGCACGUCUGUGAACAGUGGCAGUCCCGGGGACAGGGUGGGCACGGCUGGCUUUCACAGGACUAAGUCUGUGAAGUGCGGGUUUCACUGCACACUCGGACCUCCGUACCCGCGGGCUGGCGUCCUCGGCGCUGGUCCUCGCCGUUUGUAUCCAUUUGCACCAGGAGCAGGAGCAUCUUGGGUCUGGGUGUCGGGGCCGGUGCUGGCUGCACCCCUCUGCGGGGACCGAUGGGACAGCCACGCUUGAAAUGUUCAAAAUGAGCAUUUAUUUUGUAACUUUUAAAAUUUUUUAUUUUUUACAUUUUGUAACAUUUGAACUUUCACAUUUACUGUAGAAUCAGGACACACGAUAAAGACUUUUCAUAAACAGA